UGGGUGGGUGCAGUCUACAAGUUGUUUUACAAUCAGCUGUGGGCCAGCUCAGACCCAUGGACUACGCUACAUUUUUAAACCGGUCAGACGUGAAACUCACUUUUCCGGGGGAAGAUAUCCCCCAGAUUUGAGUCGACACGCCCUCAGAGUAUACUUGAGCUCCGAUGAAAUCGGCACUUUUGCCUGGAAAACAACAUUCUUGAAAGGACUUUGCCCUGACUUCAACCACCGAUCCAGGGUGCCUAACAACUCGGACCCAGUGUUGCAACACGAUGGCCCCGGGUGGCAUAUUCCGCUUCUGCCUGAUCGUCACGAUCUUAGCUCAACCUGCUCAGUCCUGUUUUCCACGCUCCAUCAGAUCCCAGGUCCCGGUGAAGAUUGACCCCGGCUAUGUCAUCACACAAGUUCCUUUAGAUCACUGUGGGGAUGUUGGACUGAGUCUUUCCUCUUCUGACCCACAUUUCACGGUGAACACGGAUGGGACCAUAGUGGUUGCUGUGGUCUCCAUGGUGACAAAAAUCAGGUCAUUUCAAGUCUGGGUUAAGGCGGGGCGCGGUCAACCGCGGAGGGUGGAUGUGCAGCUCAUUCCAGAUACUGAACAGUUGCAUCAAUACACUCUGCAUGCACAGAGUGCUCCAUGGAACCAGGCCCACAAGCGCUUCAAGAGAAGGUGGAGCCCGCUGCCUUUCAACAUUAUUGAAAACGCCUUGCCUCCAUUCCCUAAAGAAGUCGAGCUGAUCGGAUCGGACUCGUCUGUAAACUAUACAGUGCGCUACACCAUCGAGGGUCCAGGAGUUACCCAGCCCCCGAUGAAUGUUUUCUCUGUGGUUCAUGAAACAGGCAUGGUGAUAGUGCACCGUGCUGUGGACAGGGAGCUGUACCCCAAGCUGGUGUUUCAAGCUAGGGUGACAGACAAAUUGACAGGGAAGGAGACUGACCGCCCCCUGGACAUCACUGUCUUGGUGUUGGACCUCAACGAUAAUCCUCCCACCUUCUUAGGACCCCUGGAGUUUCAAGUAGUCGAACAGUCAAGACCAGAUACAGAGGUCGGGGUCGUGACUGCCACAGACAGAGAUGAGGCAGGAACUCCUCACACACAGAUUAAAUUCAGCUUGCUGACAGAAAACCAGCUCUUCAACAUUCAUCCCCAAUCGGGAAAGAUCACCACAAAGUCCGGCACCUUAGACAGAGAGGUCCAAGCCACGAUUCCUGUUACUGUUGAAAUUCGAGAUAUGAAUGGAGCAAAGAGUGGUCUGUUCAACACCGCCAUAGCCACCAUCACACUGGUGGACGUUAACGACAAUCCUCCAACCUUCACAGAAACUAUUCUCAAGGCUGAUGUAGAGGAGGACAAAGCUGAUUUGUUGGUUCUAAGGAUACCUGUGGAGGACAGGGAUGAAGUGAAUACCCAAAACUGGAAGGCAAAGUUUGUGAUCACCCAUGGAAAUGAAAACAACGACUUUAGGAUGGACACCGACCCGACAACCAACGAGGGACUACUUUAUGUUGUCAAACCUCUUGACUACGAGAAGGGCAGGUUGGUCGCAUUGAUAGUGUCUGCCCAGAACGAGGUUCCGCUAGUGAACAGCCUGACAUCUUGGAACACCAUCCCCGUGGAGUUGAGCGUGAGCGAUGUGGACGAGGGCCCAGAGUUUUCCCCUCUCAUCAAAGUGAUCCGGGUGAAGGAGAACACUCCCAUUGGAACUAUUCUUGGCUCCUACAUGGCUUUGGACCCAGAGACCAGGAGCAACACCGGCAUCAGAUACCUCAAGGUGUCGGACCCUGGCUCCUGGCUGAGUGUGGGUGAGGAAACAGGGGAGCUGAAGGUCACCAACCUCAUAGACCUUGAGUCUGACCUGGUGACCAAUGCAAUGUACAACAUCACCGUCAAUGCUGUUGACCCGAGUUCCAAGUCAGGUAUGGGCAUGAUUACUCUGCUGAUUGAGGACACUAAUGACAAUAUACCUGUGCCGGACGAUCGGGUUCUCGUGCUGUGUGAGGAGGAAGGAAAGAGGGGUUCAGUUACCGUGAUGGCACACGAUCCAGACCUAUUGCCUUACUCCAGUCCCUACGACUUCCAACUCUCUGGAGAGUCGCCGAAAAAAUGGAUGCUGAGAGAUGCCCAGAACAUCUCUGUGGUGCUGGAGCAGGCCGUGGACAUGCCGCGGGGGAACUACGAGGUGGAAAUGCGCAUUGCAGACCUCCAGGACAAGGGCGACGUCCAGGUGGUGAACGUGAAAGUUUGUCGGUGCUUGGGGGGACAGUGUGUUGCCGCCACGAGUUCGGUCGGAAUGGGAGCGUGGGGCGCUUUGGCCCUGCUACUUGCUCUGGCCAUGCUGCUCCUGCUCUGCCUCCUUUUUGUGGUUGUCUGCAACUCAAGGGGAGAGAAGAUGUACAUAGAUGAUUCCAGCGGAGGCAUGCUUCUGCACUCCAACACAGAAGCUCCAGGCGAGGAAGUGAAAUCAGCUAAUCUGCUCAUGAUUCCUCCUGUGGGGGGGUUGGAUGUGAUCGACCAAUCCGCCAAGGGGACGGGGCUACUGGACCAGAACCGGAAUGUGUCUGCAGGUGACAUGAGUGGGAUGACUCAACAAACCAUGGGCCAGCAGCAGGUGUACCAGUCCAGUCGCCAGGACUUCAUGUCUAACUCGGUGCAUCAUCAGAACAGUUUCUACACCUCAGGGGGACAGUACCGGGGCAGCGCCAACUACUCAGACUCACUGUACCAAAAGCAGGCCAACCACUCCCUGUUCAACACCUGGGACACCAACAAGCUGUACCUGGACGAGAAGCUGGACUACUUUGGUGGGGAGAUGGAGGUGUGUCACACGCUCGACUCACCUCACGCUUACCACUAUGAGGGCGAGGGAUCGGCCGCUGGCUCGGUAGGCUGCUGCAGUGAAAUGGGCGACCAAGACGGCCUGGACUUCCUAGACUCACUUGGGCCAAAGUUUAAGACGUUGGCCAAUAUCUGCCUCAGCAAAGAGUCCAGGGAAUGAAUGACCUCCGAGCAUUCAAAAUUGUUAUCGUUGCAGAAAAUGGAAAUUAAUCAGCGUGAUGUUUGUACUAAAGCACCUUAAGGUAUAUUGAAUUAAAGGCGCAGCAGGUAAGGUAUAAGAGCUAUCAUUUGAGUGUAAUUUGUUAGAAAUGCCAUUGUUGUCUGUCAGUUAUUAGUUUGUGCUAUGUGAGAAUAUCUGUUCCACUUGACUGAGACUGCUUCUGUAUGAGACCAUUUUGAUUUCAGAACGGUUCAUUUCUGUCCAAUCAGGGUAUUUCUUCCCUGACUGGUUUGGGUAACAAUCUUGCCUUUUAAUCAAAAGUGUAUGGAUGCGAUACUUACUUACUCAAUGUGGAUAAUUUAAGGGGGGGGAAUCGUUUUUAUGGGAAGUGAAGUCACUGUGUGUUGGGUGUAUGUAUGUUUUUUGAUGAUAGCGAGCGCUGAAGAACAACUACUUCGGUAUAUCGUGUGAUACCAUAAAAUACAAGCCAUCUCUGAAAACCAUCAUGUAAAAAAGUAGUUAAUUUAUAACUGACUACCAAUUUCCCAUUUCUUGUUAAUUUGACUGUUUUGAUUCUUUACUGUAAAGCUGUAAACAUUGGAAUUUUAAUCAGGAAUAUUAACAAAUAUUUUCAGGAUUAAUUCGCUUUGAGUAGAUGUGUAGAUGUCAUGAUUUUUUAAGUAACUUUUUUUACUAAACAAACUCAAUGUAUUAAUGCCCAAAAAAGUGGUUAAUAAAGCUAAAAGGUUUGCAAACA